AUGACAUUGACAGCAGUGGAUAGACAGGCAAUCUAUCUGGAUCCAGCCAUCCGCAACUGGGUGCUCUUGCCCAUCAUGGUAGUUAUGGUGCUGGUUGGUGUGCUCAGACACCAUGCUACUUAUCUGCUUCAAAGUACUCCAAAGGCCAAUCUUAAGCAGCUCAGAGAGUCGGCUUCACUUAUGCGUGCACGACUCCUUAGAUCCCCCAGUGCAGCAGAUCUACCACUCUCUGCCUUUGUAUCUCGAAAGACAUUUCUGAUCCAGGCUUUUGAAAAAGGAGUCUAUCUCAAAACCCCUGUGGUUGAGGGCACACCUCAAAACCCAAUGACAGAGCCUGGUGCCAUGGAUCCUAUGAUGGACAUGAUGAAAAAAAACAUGGCCAUGAUUGUUCCACAGACCUUAAUCAUGAGUUGGAUCACCUUUUUUUUUACUGGAUUUGUAUUGAUUCGUCUGCCAUUUCCAUUGACAUUGCGGUUUAAAACUAUGCUUCAAAAGGAUAUUCAAACUAGUGAUAUGGAUGUCACUUGGGUAUCUGCAUUGUCAUGGUAUUUUUUGAAUCUGUUUGGUUUGCGUAGUAUUUAUACAUUAAUUCUUGGAGAUGCUGAUUCUGCUGAUGGCAUGCAAGAUAUGCAGCAAAUGCAAAUGGGUUCACCUCAGCCGAUGCAGCAGCCAGCAGAGAUUGCUAAAAUGUUUGAAAGCGAGAAAGAGUAUCUUGAUCUAGCGGUUCAUGUUUGGGGCAUUGAAAAUGCCGAUGAGAUUCUUUUACGAAAGUUUGGCAAACUUCCUCCUUUGACUACCGGCAGCAAGAAAAACAAUUAG